ACUUGACUAACGCCAAGAUAGAAGAGUCGCUAAUCAAUUUGAACUCUGUGUUUAUACGAAAGUUUAUUGUGUUGAAAGAUCAAAAACUCACUUGACACGGGUGUACCUCACGAUGCUCUCAAAGGCAGUAACACUGGCAUUAAGAUAUAUAUAGUUGAGUGCUUCUGAGUCGACAUCAUCAUCCGCCACCAUCAUCAUCGCCAAAAAUCCACGUCCUGCACCCUACGGACGACACUAAUAUAGCGCAUCAGUGGCUCACAAACUCGCAUGACGCCCCUCCCUAUCAGAUCCUCCGAAAAGUCUUCACUCGGUAGGAGCCCAGCACGUUAAAGUUAUCUAAUCAAUCUGAGUGGAUCUCUCUCUGAAUCCUAUAAACCACCCAUCUCCCCCCAUGAUCUCCCCUCUGUGCAUUCUCUGCAUGAGAUCAACAAUCUACUGAGGCAUCAUGUCUUCCCCAGAGAAAACCCCCGACAACGACCACGGCCAUGAAGUCCCCUCUUCAGCCGCCGACGCCGUCCGGGACAUAACAUCCCCCGGUGUCCAGCGCAUCAAAGCCAUGUCCGAGGUGAUCACCCUCACCGACCGCAUCUUCAUCUUCUUUGGCGUCUUCCUCAUCGCCUACGCCUACGGUCUCGACGGCACCGUGCGCUACGCCUACCAGCCCUCCGCGCUCAACAGCUUCGAGGAGCACUCCCUCCAAUCCUCCGUUAAUACCCUCCGCGCGGUCAUCGCAGCAGCUGCUCAACCUACUGCUGGAAAAAUCGCAGAUGUUUUCGGUCGUGUGGAACUUAUCUGCAUUUCUGUGUUUUUUUAUACUAUCGGAACUGUUAUUGAGGCUGCGGCGCAGAAUCUCGAUACGUAUUCUGCUGGUGCUGUUAUUUACCAGAUUGGGUAUACUAUGGUUAUUCUGCUGGUUGAGGUCAUCAUUGGAGAUAUUACGUCUGUGCGAUCGCGCCUGUUCUUUAGUUACAUCCCCGCUCUACCCUUCAUCAUCAAUACUUGGGUCAGUGGCGAUAUCACAGAGGCAGUACUUGGAGUCACGACUUGGCGAUGGGGAAUCGGCAUGUGGUGUAUCAUCUACCCCGUCUGCGCGCUCCCUCUCAUCAUCAGCCUUCUUGUCGUUGGCCAUCGCGCAAAGAAGCAAGGCCAUCUCGUCGGCUACCGCUCUUCAUUCCAACAGCUCGGUCUCAAGAGUUUCACCGUUGAACUAUUCUGGCUUCUCGACAUCAUCGGCGUAAUCCUCCUCAUCGCCGUCUUCGCCCUUCUUCUCGUCCCUCUCACCAUCGCAGGAGGUUUCGAGAGCAAAUGGUCAGACCCUCAAGUCGUAGCCCCCCUCGUCAUCGGCUUCGUCUGCAUUCCCGUCUUCGUCAUCUGGGAACUCCGCGCUCCUCACCCCCUGGUGCCCUUCCACCACAUGAAAGACCGCUCCGUCUGGGCUCCCAUGGGAAUCGCAUGCAUGCUCAACUUUGCCUGGACAAUGCAGGGCGACUAUCUCUACACCGUUCUCCAAGUCUCCUUCAACUUCAGCAUCAAGGCCGCUACACGAGUUCAAUCGCUCUACUCCUUCGCGAGUGUCAUCACCGGCACAAUUCUCGGUCUUAUCGUGUACAAAGUGCGCCGCUUCAAAGUCUUCAUCGUAUCAGGAACAUGUCUUUUCCUCGUCGCAUUCGGUCUUCUCAUCCGAUACCGCGGCGAUCCCAGCUCCGAUAACAAAUCUGGUGUAAUUGGUGCACAAAUCCUCCUCGGUAUCGCUGGUGGUAUGUUCCCAUACCCCGCGCAAGCCUCGCUCCAAGCCUACGUUACCCACGAGCGACUCGCCGUCAUGACAGGCCUGUACCUCGCGCUGUACCAGGUUGGCUCGGCCUUUGGAAACGCCGUCUCCGGUGCCAUCUGGACCCAAGUUCUUCCUGUGCGACUUGCCCAGAGUUUCUCCAGCUUUGGAAACGAGACCCUCGCGGUGUAUGCUUAUUCCCAGCCUCUCUCUGCCAUUCUCGACUUCCCUGUUGGUUCUGAUGAGCGCGAUGCCAUGAUUGAUGCGUACAAGCACGUUCAGCGCCUGCUUACAAUCACUGGUAUUUGUCUUUGUGUUCCUCUUAUCGCUUUCUCGCUGUGCUUGCGUAACCCCAAGCUCACCGAUCAGCAGAACUUGGUUGAGGAUGAGAAGCCUGGUGAGGCUGCUGAGCGCACUUCCGCCUCUGCUUAGAAAAGACAAAAGUAUUUAAAAGUUGUAUAUAACGUCGUAAUAUGGUAAUUGAUCUGGCCUGGGGCUAUUUGUUUAA